AUGGAGCACAAACUGUCACUGACCAAAGAAGGAAAUGGGGAAUUGGUGAACCCCACGGAGUAUAGAAGCAUUGUAGGUGGACUGAGGUACCUGACCCAUACAAGACCAGACCUAUCUUUUGCUGUGGGUGUUGUCAGUCGCUUCAUGGAAACACCCACCAUGGCCCAUCUACAAGUUGUGAAAGGAAUACUAAGAUACAUAAAAGGAACCAUGGAUCAUGGGCUAACCUACACACAGGGAGAGAAGAAGAUUACAGUCACAGGGUUCUCAGAUAGUAAUCAUGCAAAAGAUGUAGAAGACAGGAGGAGUACAGGGGGUAUGGUCUUCUAUGUAAAUGGGAACAUGGUCACGUGGUCCUCACAGAAACAGAGGUGCGUAGCUCUGUCCUCUUGUGAGGCUGAGUUUAUGGCUGCCACCAUGACAGCAUGCCAAGGUAUCUGGUUAAGAAGGCUGCUAAUAGAAAUAACAGGUCAGAGAAUCCCUCCUGUGAAGAUGUUUGUUGAUAAUAAAUCGGCUCUAGAACUGAUGAAGAACCCAAUAUUUCAUGGGAGGAGCAAGCACAUAGAUGUGAGAUUUCAUUUCAUCAGGGAGUGUGUUGAGAAUGGGGAAAUUGAAGUGGCUCAUGUAGAUGGGAAGGAACAAAAGGCAGACAUGCUUACCAAGGCUUUAACCAGGGUGAAGCACGAAGAAAUGUGCAGGAUGAUUGGCAUCAAGAAAAUUGAAAAUCAGAAUUAA